UAUUAUUAACUUUUCAAAUCGGAUUUGAGGAAUCCUAAUCCUAAAACCUCGAUAUUUUCGGAUGCAUAUUUUGAUUAUGCGAAUGUAUUGAAGCAGCAACCGUUAGAAGAUUGGUUCUGGUUCCUAUCAUUUUAAUUCUUUUUUAGCGUGGUAGGGUUUCGUAAACUUUUUCUGCAAACUCUGCCCAGUUUUUAUCAUCGACAUCAUUAACAGCGUGCCACAAUUUGUCUAGAAUCUUCAGGCAUAUGUUGCUACUGCAGGUGUUGUAGUUACAAACCUUUUUCCCUCUUUUGGGAAGCUGAUGUCUAAAGAAUAACAAUUGGGAGGAGAUUAUUGACAAUUACAUUACCGAUUAAGGAGCCAUUCAAAAGGUGUUGCGUUUUAUAGUGGCAAGGAUAGGGAGGCAUCCUAUAUACAACAUCGUUUUAAAACCCUGGUUAGGUACAUGAGCCUUGUUCUGCAUACAAAUUGGUGACUGCAAAGAAUAAAAGCAGGCAAAAAUUAAGCUUGACUUAAACCAACUAUUUGAUGGGCAAUGACAACUUGAUGAAGUUUCUUCAUCAAACUUUCACCAUAUGCUUGAGUUAGAACCAUGGGGUACACUGAAUUGCAUUUUUUGUUUGAAACUUCAUCCCUUAUCAGUGGAACUGUAGAUCAAUGGGGAGUGCUGCACAAGUUCCAACGAGCUUUGGCCGUGAGCUCAGGGCUUGCCUUCGCUGCCGUUUGAUCAAGACCUAUGAUCAGUUCAGGGAAACUGGUUGUGAAAAUUGCCCUUUCUUCAGUAUGGACCAAGAUCAUGACCGAGUAGUGGACUGCACAACAUCCAAUUUCUCAGGAAUCAUUUCAUGUAUGGAUCCCACGAGAAGCUGGGCAGCUCGGUGGUUGAGGAUAAGUAGAUUUGUUCCUGGAUGCUAUACAUUGUCUGUAGCAGAGGUGUUAUCAGAGGAGAUGCAGAAGUGUUACCUUGAAAUGCUGACAGAGGUGCCUAGCCUUAUUGAGGCUGUUAAAUAAAAGCUAUAGACAGUCUUGAUCCCUGAGCAUUAUAGGAUGUUCCAAGAAUGUGAAUAGAGAGCUUCCUCAGUGUCAACAUUGUUUUGAUACGUGUUGUAAAACUAGAUGACAUGAGGGUUUUGUACAAGAGUUGCUUUUGGCAGAGAACCUUCUUCAACACCUUAGAAGAUUUGUAUAUUGAUACUUCAAUGUGAGGUCAAUCAGAUUGUUUUUGAUUAAGGGAAAACAAGUUUUGAAGGGACCUGAAACCCUAUACAAAAACAGGUUUUGGGAGGACCUGAAACCUGAACCUUAAAGAUUUGUAUAUUGAUACUUCAAUGUGAGUUCAAUCAGAUUGUUGAUUUCUUUGUGAUUGUUGAAUUCUGUGGAAGGCAGAAAUCCGUAUCUUCCUUGCAAAAGUUUCUGUAAUGGUCAUGUGUGGGAUAAUUGAAGACCUAUCACUUGCAGCUUUAACAUGCACAUUGGUAAGUUGGAAUAGAGUUAGUCCUCGUGGCAUUUUGGAUUGACUCAUAAUUAAACCUAUGCUUGUGAUCUGUUAUCUGUAUUGUGUAACCAGGAUAGACCUUGCUGGGACAGCUUGGGAUUCCUUGUGCUAAACUGUUUGGACUGUGGAGUGGCAGUAGUAUCAUUGUCAACAACAUUUGACAGAGAAAAGAAAAUGUUCUCAACUGUGUACUCGGAUUUGAGAUUGCCAGACAAUCAAAACUAUAUAUGCUCUUGAACAGUUUUACUUCUAUUCCAUCCAGAAUUUAAUGGUUUCAAUGAUCAGUGAUUACAUCAUGUAACAAUGUUACAAUGACAUAAAACCAAAAAAUAUCUAAAAUGAUAAAAGACUUCCAAUGCUACUGAUAGGUCCUUACAGCUUUGGAGGGCAAAGUCCCGUCAAACAGGAUGUGCUCCAUUAUAUAUCCUAUUAUCUGAUUACUGGAAAUGAGAAUCCAGUUUAUACAGAUCACCUUUCCCAAUAGUUUGUUUUGAAAUGAUGCCACUGCAAUGACCAGCUACCUCUGCCUCUGAAUCCUUAGAGCCCCCUUGCAUGCACUCUUGCUUUGCUAAUGUUGAAUGGACAUACAGCAAAGGAAGGUCAAAUUACCACUUCCAGGUCUGCUUCUGCACCUCUGAUAUCAGCUUGUAUUUAAUAUUAUUAUUUAAUAAAUAGUUUUAAAAACACUUUUUUUCCUGCUUUCAAACACGUCCAGCUGAAACUUAUUUGGGGACAUGGCAAUCCUCCCCUCUCAGAGUUUGCUUGUCCUCAAGCCAUGAUGACCAACAAUUCACUGCCCAGUUUAUGCCAAUGAUGCCUUCUCAAUCCUGGGUGUCGCUCUUGUGGAUUCACCAUUACUCCAGAUACUGCCAACUUAGAUAGCCUUAGGAUGACUCUUUGUUGAUGCCUAAAAUCAAACAUACAUGCCAUUACCAUUGAGAAUGUGUUUAUCUCUCCAAUGUCUUUGGAGAACAUUACAAGUUCUUUCCAGAUUGUAUCAUCCAACUGCUGUAAAUACUGAGCUAGAUCCUGAAUCAUUGUUUCAUGACUGAUUACUGAUUUGAUUUAAACUUAUGUUUGUCCUGUGAUCAUAAGUAGCUACAGAAACCUUCCUCCAUCUUAAAAUAUGUUUCUCCUUGAAUCGUUCUAGUUUUCAUGAUAUGUAAAUAUCUACUCCACAAUCCCAACAAAUCUGCAGCAUUUUUAUUUUAGUUUUCGUCUGAGAUCCCGAAGACACAUCUGAGAUUCAAAUAUUUUAUCUAGAUUAAUGGCAGAUGGCGUGUUGGUCAUGUCUAGAUUAAGAAUCUCAAGCUUCAUUUUAACAAAUUUAACUGAAAAAUCAAAAUCAUGAGAAGUAGGUGACUGGUUUUUAAUGAUGUUUCUAUCCUGCCUUUCAGCUUCUCUUAUCACCUGGAACUUAUCCAAGUUUCUUAAACCAUGUAACAAAAACAAGACAACGCAUGUUUUAUUUUCGGCCUUGAGCAACAGUGUCAAUGCUUUGAACCAGAAAUAUGAAGCUUCUAAUUGCACUUUUUCUACCAGAUGUUGAAACAUAUAACUUGUUGCAGACUAAAUGCUACUACAGGCUCUCCAUAUAUUCCUUUGAUAAAUCAUUUUACAAGCUCUCCAUAUAUUCCUUUGAUAAAUUGUUUUACAAGCUCUCCAUAUACCUUUGAUAAAUCAUUUCAUCUGCAACACCCAAAGUUAACAUUUCCUUUUGCACCCAGCAAAAGUUUUGGAAAAUGCAAGGAUCUGUUUCCAUUGUUUUCAUUUUGUCAUGUUCAGCGGCAUAGUCAUCCAUAACCUUCAUGUCGUCUGUCAGUUCAGAUUUAUGAGCUUGGCAUGACGUCAAUAGUGCUGGGAUUAAAUAUCAUAAAAGAUAAUUGCAAGAAUCUAGCUGCCAGACACAUAAAGUAAACUGCCUUGCUUUAUCAAGACACAACAGAUGAUAAUGACAAAGAGUGGCUGAACUUAGUGACAAUUAUUUUGUCUGCUCAAUACAUAGGCAUUUGUGUUCUCCGGUUUGGCAAAAGCUUGUCUUUUCACAAGCAUGCCUUAAAUAAAAUUUAUUGCUAUCUCACAUACAGUAGCACACUCUCCUACCUCACAUAAAAUAAUGUUGAAUAAAAAAGGAUCUUUCCCUGCCAAAGUGGCCAAUUUUUUUUUGACUACACGUGAAGCAUGUCUGACACUUUCUAAGCUGGACCCUCCUUUCAUUUGAUUCUUAAUUUCUGAGCAAGGUAGUGUAGACUUGUUGGUAAACUCCUGUCCUUGACUAUGGCAAAGCAGGGUUAGAAAACCCUUAUCAUGAAGAGAUAUGCAUCUAUUUGCUUCAGCAGACAAUGUGUUGGAAAAUGAUAUUGCACAAACAAUGUAAUGGGGACCAGAGCCUGCACACUAAGAGAAGAUUCACCUGAAUCAAGGUGGAAACUAAUAAUAAUAAUGGAUACUAAUUCUAUAAGUUGAUAAGCAAUAGCAUCCAUACCAGUUGGUAUUGGCCAAGCUUGCUUAGAAUUUGUGGAGCAAGGUAGUGUAGACUUUUUGGUAAACUCCUGUCCUUGCCUAUGGCAAAGCAGGGUUAGAAAACCCUUAUCAUGAAGAGAUAUGCAUCUAUUUGCUUCAGCAGACAAUGUGUUGGAAAAUGAUAUUGCACAAACAAUGUAAUGGGGACCAGAGCCUGCACACUAAGAGAAGAUUCACCUGAUCUUGGGGUGUAACUACUUAUCCUAUUGUGAGCUUUGACAACAACAACAAUGAUGUUACAAUCUCAUCUGUUGGUAAUUUCAAAAUCAAACUUUUACCAGCCUCUUGCGCUGCGCAUGGCAUAUAGCUUCAUCCUUAGGUAUUGUCCUCAUUGCAUUUACCAUUUGAAUAACAUUCUUUAAAACAAUUGAUGAAAAUUCCCUUGAUAACUCCAAUAAAGAUUGUCCACGUUGUAUACAUUUCAAUUGAUUGUCCUCGGUAAUGUUAUUUACUUUGUCAACAACUUAAUAGUAAAUCCUGAUUUGUGGUUGUUUAUGUAUAAGAUUUUUGUCAUAUAGGAUUAUAGUGUUUACACGUUUCAAUUGGUUACCCUUUGUAAUGGUAUUUACUUUGUCGUCAACUUAUAUUGAAUCCUGAUUUGUACUUGUUUAAGAUGUUUGUCAUAUACCAUGUAGUGUCCACAUUUCAAUUGAUUGUCCUUUAUAAUGGUAUUUACUUUGUUGUCAACUUGUAGUAAAUCUUGUUUUGCUGUUGUUUAUGUAUAAUAUAUUAUAUAGGAUUGUAGUGUACACGUUUCAGUUGAUUGUCCUUUGUAAUUGUAUUUACUUUGUGGUUGUUUAUGUAUAAAAUAUUUGUUAUCUAUACCUCUUUCAUGGUAUUUUUGAGAAUUCUCUGGUUAAACGUUUCAUCUGUACUCUAAAAUUUUGGUUCUUAAAACAGAGCCUGUUUUAAAUGC